AUGGUGCCCGCAAUAUACUUACUCGUUUUCGUGGGUGUCUCCGCCAAGCCUGUUGCGCCAAGGCAGAACGCCACUGCAACUCCUACCACAAGUAUACUACAGGGUACUGUGGCGGAUAGCUGCACGGCCUCAUCUACGGAUAGCCAGUGGUUAAGCAUAUGCGACACGACUAUUUUCUGGCCUACAUCCACAAAUUAUUUUUACGGCCCGACCAUCGGCCCAAAGGCAUCUGCCGUCUCAUGCAAUGCUGAAUGGGUGGAAUACCAGGGACGUGCUAGUGGACUAGAAUCUCUAGGUGCAACAUCCACGUCCACUCUUUUUUCGCCUUAUGUCACUAGCACCGGAGCUUGCCGCUCUGAAAUUCGGGGGGAAGAACUUCAUGACAUCCAUACGGGCCCAGUUACCACCCUCUGUGAUGGGGUCACGCGCGCCUUGGGUCCUCGAGAGUCUAUAACCCAUUACUGGCCAGGAACGGGUCCUUGCAGUUCCUUCACGGCCACUGAGACUAGCACUACAUUGGUCUAUCGAUCGCCGUCACCUACUCCUGGCUGUGAAUUAAAUACCCAGGAUUGCAUUCCCAUUUGGGAAACCUACACCAGUCUUCGGGACGCCUACCAGUCCUCUGUCACGACUCAAAUACCUGGAGAUAUUAACAGUCCUAUCCGGCCGGAAAGCUGCCCGUCUACGACGCGAAACUACACUGAUCCUAAUGUAUGCAAUAAUUGCCACUAUCUCCCAGCUACAGCAACAGUCUUUUACUGGCCGGUGAUUACCAGCGGAGCUCUCUGUCUGCAGAAUGGAAGCACCGUCCCUGCCACACCCACAGGAAAUGGUCCCAAUACGGCCGUUGUCGACGGAAAUACAUUCGUUUCCCCGAAUGUCUACGUUUCCUUCACCAGCAUCUACGCCUGGAGUAACCAACGCGCCCAUAAUGGCGGUCCCUGUGGCGGUGAUCAUAAAAAUGUGAUUAUCUCUGUCGAACCGGACGCAAUCACAUCGUACCGCAACCACAUCAACGGGAAAUACCCAAGGAUUGGAACGGCAUAUCCUUUCAAUUUUGCGGAAUAUCAAGAGCAUCAGGUCGGAAACUAUACUAUGUCUCUAAUCCCUUGGGAGCAGUACCUUGGUGGGUCUCAGUGUGUGUCUGGAGGCGGUGGUUGUAGCAUGAUUCGCGAUGAUUAUCUUCCGUGGGUCGAAAUUCCAGACGCCAUGACGCAGAUCGAUCCCCUCUGGACCGCAUGUCACCGGUCUUGGUAUAUUCCUCCAGUUAGUAUGGUGCCAUUGGUUGGCGGGCUGGAGUCGCGACCGACGAACACAGCAGAGGCUAGCAGUUCCCUGGCUCCUCCAGUGCUUCCUGUGUCAGGUUUGGCUGCACCCACUCCGCAACCCACCUGA